CCCCCAAAAAAAAAGGAGAGAGAAUAUGUAACAAGUAAAAUAUUAAAGGAUUACUAGAAAGAUAAAAAAGUUAGGACUUUUUUUUACCAGAACAUGUCGUACCCAAUGAGUUAUGAUCAGGAAGAAGACAUGAGAAAUGAAGCAAAAGGGCACGGGUUAGCGUCCUGCUGCUGCCAUUGGUCCAAUCAUGGCGCGAAGGUUGGCAUUAUAGCAUGAUUGGCAGUUUGACACCAUUAUGUCAAGCAUUCAACCUUUAAUUCCAAGUUAAUUUUAGCAUGCCAUCAAGUGCAAGGUUGUUAAAGCGUAUCUUCUAGCUAAUGGUUGUUCAGUGAUUAGAAUUAUAACUUGAAUUAUGUUGCUUGAACUUAAAGAGAGCUCAAUUUAGUCCGAGUUAUGGAAUGCCUUUGUUGUACUUUAUUCAUUUUAGUUAGCUAAAAUCAAUAAUCCCCGAGCUUUUCCCCUCUUCCCUUUUUUUGCAUGGAUGUAAAUAUCAACUUCACCAACUCAAAUUAGCAUGUGUUUGAUUUUCCAUUAAGACGUAAUUAGUUAGUACUUUUCCGUUUGGGAAUUUGUGGUUGAGAAAAAACAUUAUGUUAUCAGGAAGAUAAGGAAGAAGAAUCAAAGGCUCCUGGAGUUCAGAAAGCUCUAAUGUCAUUGGUUUUCAAGUCAGUAUCAGCAUUUUAGGAAAUUAGGAAGUGACUUCAAGAUAUAAUAAUUAGCAGCCAUGUUUAUAAUGUCAAAGACGUCUUGAAAUUUGUUGGCUUACUGGUUUAAUAAUUGAAGGGGUGAAACAUGAAAAAAAAUAAAUACAACUAGAUUAUACUGAAAGUUGGGAGAAGAGAUUAAAAGAUCCACUGUUCCUCAAUAAAGAUGGGAGCCUCGGAUAUUAACGAUGUUGUUGGAUCACUUUUGGUUUGUUUUGUCAACAUUGAAGCAUCUAGAGUUUGGUGCAGUUCAUGGACGGACGAUAUUUUCAAUCAAGCCUCAUAAUUUUCUUAGAGUGGAAACAGACUUGAGAUUUGAUUAUUUUGAGGAUUUCCCUUAUAUGCUUGUCUUUACCAACAAAGUCAAUAGAACGUUUUGUCGUCUCUAGUUAGCCACCACCAUGCAUCUUUCUCAUAAAUUAUGGUAAGUUUUUUACUAUAGAUUUUUAUUUUUCCUUUUAUUAUUUUUUGAGGCCGGUUUAGCUUACCAAGUUGCCAACUAUGAGCCAAUGGAGACGUCCCUUCUUACAAUGCAUGACAUGAUUUAUUAGCAUACUUUCCGUGUCAUCCUUGUCAUGAAAGCAACUCGGUGAUCAUUAUAAAGUAUAUCUUUUCACACGGAUAUAUUGCACUGCAACCAAAAUUAACUCUCCUUCCUACUUCUCUCUAAGACCUUGCGGCUUUCUAGCUGUGGCAUUCCUCAGCCAUGGAUUUGAAAGCUGAGGCUGAGGCUGAGGCUAACGUUGGAGAUGUUGAGUACCAAGCAAGGAAGACUCCGAGACAAGGAGGAUAUAGAGCCACAUAUUUCAUCUUUGCAAUGAUGUUGCUGGAUAACAUUGGCUUUGUGGCCAACAUGGUAAGCUUGGUUUUAUAUUUCAUGAACGUCAUGCAUUUUGACUACUCUGGAUCGGCAACCACCACCACAAACUUGUUGGGUACUGCUUUCUUGCUGACGAUCGUUGGAGGGUUUAUUUCUGAUACGUACAUGAAUCGUCUCAACACUUGCAUCCUCUUUGGCAUCAUCCAGUUGUUGGGAUAUUCCCUACUUGUGAUUCAAUCCCACGACAAGACACUUCAGCCUGAUCCAUGUUUAAAAUCAACAUGUGUGCAUGGCACUAAAGCUUUGCUGUUUUACGCUUCAAUAUACUUGCUGGCACUUGGUGGUGGUGGAAUCAGAGGCUGUGUACCUGCUCUUGGAGCCGAUCAAUUUGAUGAAAAGAAACCAAAAGAGCACGCGCAACUAGCCAGUUUCUUCAAUUGGUUUUUGUUUAGCAUUACAGUUGGGGCGAGCUUAGGAGUCACCUUUGUAGUUUAUGUGAGCACGGAAUCCCAAUGGUACAAAGGUUUUAUCAUAUCUAUGUCAUGUUCUGCUGUUGGUCUUAUUUUCAUUGCCUCGGGAAAGAGAUUCUAUCAUGCCAGGGUGCCGGGAGAGAGUCCGUUGUUGAGGGUUUUACAGGUGCUGGUGGUCACAGUAAGGAAUUGGAGGGUGAAAGUACCCUUGGAUUCUGAUGAGUUGUAUGAAAUACAAAGUCAUGAAUCUAGUUUAAAGAAAAAACUCAUCCCUCACACUAACCAAUUCAGGGUUCUAGACAAAGCUGCUGUUCUACCUGAAGGCAAUGAGGCAAGGAGAUGGAAAGUCUGCACAGUGACACAAGUGGAGGAAGUGAAGAUUCUGACAAGGAUGAUGCCUAUUCUUCUAAGUACAAUCAUCAUGAAUACAUCUUUAGCCCAAUUACAAACCUUCUCCAUCCAACAAGGUACCUUAAUGAACACAUACAUUGGCAAACUGAACAUCCCAGCAGCUUCCAUUCCCAUAAUUCCAUUAGUAUUCAUGACCCUUUUGAUACCGGUUUACGAAUUUGCUUUCAUACCACUUGUCCGGAGAAUCACUGGCCAUCCGAAUGGAAUAACAGAACUACAAAGAGUUGGGGUUGGCCUUGUUUUGUCAGCAAUCUCAAUGGUCAUAGCAGGGGUGAUAGAGGUGAAAAGGAAGCAUGAAUUCAAUGAUCACAAUCAGCACCGAAUCAGCCUCUUUUGGCUCUCUUUCCACUAUGCAAUCUUUGGUAUAGCUGACAUGUUCACAUUGGUGGGGUUGUUGGAGUUUUUCUACAAAGAAGCUCCUCAAGGCAUGCGUUCACUUUCCACUUCGUUUUCCUUUCUUUCCUUGUCCAUUGGUUACUACUUGAGCACUGCUUUUGUUGAGCUCAUCAACUUGGUGACUAGUAAGAUUGGCAAGAGCAAGAAAGGGUGGCUAGAGGGACGUGACUUGAACCGAAACCAUGUUCAAUUGUUCUACUGGUUUUUGGCUAUACUCAGCCUGAUUAACUUUCUCAUUUAUCUGAUGUGUGCAAAAUGGUACAAAUACCAAAGUGUUGUACCAUUUGAUAAGGGAAUGUUGCUCAAAGAUCCACCUCCUCGUAAUGAUGAAAACGUGUACUCUACUAGUUUUGUAUCCACGGUUCAAAACAUUCCCCAGAAUGAAGAUAAAUAAACCAGAAAAAUCCACUCUCACGAGAAAUUAUUAUAUGGUCCAGAAUCGCAUUAUUCCAACUUCCAACUGAUCUACACAUGACAUGGAAUUAUAUUUUUAUCAGUUUGUUAAAAAGAAUUAAUAAUGUGUCACGUGGAGAUUGGUUAAGAUUGUAUAGAAUAGACUAUACAAUAAUUUAUACCCACUGACCAUCUUCAUUAUUGUACUUUGUUGUGAUUCCUGAAACUGUAUCUUUGAAAAUAUUCUUGUCAACCAUUAUGUAUUUUGUAAUAUCAAUUCAGAUUAUUUCGCGUUCA